AUGGCUUCAAAGUUCUUAAGAGAGUAUAAGCUCGUUGUUGUAGGAGGAGGUGGCGUUGGAAAGUCUUGCUUGACUAUCCAGUUGAUACAGAGUCAUUUCGUUGAUGAAUAUGAUCCAACAAUCGAAGAUUCCUACCGCAAGCAAUGCGUAAUCGAUGAAGAAGUAGCCCUCUUAGACGUCCUCGACACAGCUGGCCAAGAAGAAUACUCUGCCAUGAGAGAGCAAUACAUGAGAACAGGCGAAGGUUUCCUCCUGGUAUACAGCAUCACAUCCCGGCAAUCAUUCGAUGAAAUUCUGGUUUUCCAACAACAGAUCCUCCGGGUUAAGGAUAAGGAUUAUUUCCCUAUCAUCGUGGUUGGUAAUAAGUGCGAUUUGGAAGGCGAGAGACAGGUUUCUAAGCAAGAAGGCGAAGCACUAGCCCGCUCCUUCGGCUGCAAAUUCAUCGAAACAUCCGCCAAAUCGCGCAUCAACGUUGACAACGCCUUCUACGACAUCGUCCGCGAGAUUAGACGCUACAACAAGGAGAUGGCGGGAUACACAGCCGGUGGCGGAAGCGGAUCGGGAAGCGGUGGCCCCUCGGGCAAGUUGGAGGUUGGUGAGGGCGAGAAGCAGAGGGGCUGCUGUGGGGGAUGUGUAAUUAUGUAA